AUGACGGCUGGCGGGCUGGCGGCCAUUGGAGUCGUCGCCAUGAACUUGCCGAUAGCCCAAACCUUGAAGUUUCCUGUGAGAACUUUACUUGUAACACGAAAAGAGGAUGGAAAAAGCAUGAACACCGCUCUAGCAUGCUUUCACAAGGAGCAUCCUAAUGAGGCAUCGUUAGUUGCGCGAUAUGUGCUGGGAAUCAUCAUGCUUCUCGUAACAGUGCUCUCGAUUCUGCUCAAUACAGUAAUUGCCAUCGUGCUCUACCGGACCAGCUUGAUCGACAAACCGAUUCGGCCACACAUCACUGGCAUGGUCGUUGCUAGCCUGUUCGACUUGUUAUCCGCAAUUGCCUCGCGAUGGUUCAUCUUCAUGGGACUGCCAUAUACUGCCGCUGUGUUACUCACCGUACAUAUGAAUAUUAUCGGUUGUCACAAACGUGUGAGCCCUUACACAUUAGGAUUCAGUUACGGCUGCAGCGAAUGUGGUGGCUACACUCUUGCUCUGAGGAUACUGCAUAUGAAUUCCGCGAUGGCGCAAGGAAGCCGCCUUCCACCUGUGAAGAAACGUGAACUUAUUCUGAUACUGCAUAUGAAUUCCGCGAUGGCGCAAGGAAACCGCCUUCCACCUGUGAAGAAACGUGAACUUAUUCUGGUAGUGCAGUUCUCGCUGGUUUGUGCUGCUCAGUUCCUUGGCAGCGCCUCGUUCUAUUUUCUGCCGCCGCUUGCUGGCUAUUCUGACAUCGCAUAUUAUCUGACGACCAUAUUUUCUUCGCUGAAUACGAUGACGAAUCCCUGUGUGAUCAUCGCCUUCCACCGUAACGUGCGCCGCGUUGUAUGGGCGUAUUUACUCACUGCCGGUCGUGGUCACACUGCUGUUAUUACUAUUUCCGGCAAACUCCACCCUGUGAUGAUGCAAGCUCACUCACACGUCAACUGA